AUGUGUAUAAAUAAUAGAUUAGCCGAUAAUUUAAUUAAAGAUCUAAUUAUAAUGCCCGCUUGCACUAUUACCUCUACUACUACUACUACUACUACUACCACUUAA